CCAUCCUCACCUCCCCGCUAUAGCAGCGAACUAGUCAGCCCAACGUGCAGAGUAGCUCAGCCUUGUAUAGCGGCUGGUACCACAGCGCUUUCAAGAGCAUCGCACUCCAUGUGCGUUGCGUGGAUGUUGAAAUUGCGCUGUGCAGCUUGUAACCGCGGCAAGAACUCAACAUGUCGAACCCUCCCAACGACCCGUUCUAUUCCUCCCCAUUCGGACCCUUCUACAGAAGGCACUCGCCCUACAUGGUCCAACCCGAGUAUAGGAUCUACGAGAUGAACAAACGCCUCCAAUCUCGUACAGAGGAGAGUGACAGUCUGUGGUGGGAUGCGUUUGCCACGGAGUUCUUUGAGGAGGACGCCACCCUGACCCUCUCCUUCUGCCUGGAGGAUGGACCAAAGAGAUACACUAUCGGACGAACGCUCAUCCCGCGCUACUUCAGCACAGUGUUUGAGGGCGGAGUCACUGACCUGUACUAUAUCCUCAAACACUCCAAGGAGUCUUUCCACAACUCCUGCAUCACUGUGGACUGUGAUCAGUGCACCAUGGUCACCCAGUAUGGGAAACCAAUGUUUACAAAGGUAUGCACAGAGGGCCGACUGAUUCUUGAAUUUGCCUUUGACGACCUCAUGAGGAUCAAGACCUGGCACUUCACCAUCCGGCAAUACCGAGAACUCAUCCCCCGCAGCAUCCUGGCCAUGCACGCACAAGACCCCCAGGUUCUGGAACAGCUCUCCAAAAACAUCACCCGCAUGGGGCUGACCAACUUCACCCUCAACUACCUCAGGCUGUGUGUCAUCCUGGAGCCCAUGCAGGAGCUCAUGUCCAGGCACAAGACCUACAACCUCAGCCCUAGGGACUGUCUGAAGACAUGCCUGUUCCAGAAGUGGCAGAGAAUGGUGGCCCCGCCAGCUGGACACCCACAGAAUUUCAAAACGGAAAUAUUCCCCACAAAUCACAAAAAAGGUCGUGCCAAAGCUGAGCCAACGAGACAGACGACGACGAAGAGGAGGAAAAGGAAGAACUCUGCCAGCAGUGCCAACAGCAGCGUGGGCAAUGCCAACAGUAAGAAGAGAAGCCCUGCCAGCAACUUCAGCCUUUCCAGUCAGGUACCUGACGUGAUGGUGGUUGGUGAGCCCACCCUGAUGGGCGGGGAGUUCGGGGACGAGGAUGAGCGUCUGAUCACACGUCUGGAGAACACGCAGUACGACGCCACCAACGGAUUGGACGACGAGGAUGACUUCAACGGCUCGCCAGCACUCGGCAACAACAGCCCGUGGGGCAGCAAGCCGCUCAACAACCAGGACAGCAAGGCCGAUAGCACAGCGCCGCAGUCGUCACAGUAGAACACACAGAGACCAAGGCCACCGAGAGCACAGUCAGUGCCCCAACCUUCAUAUGUCCGCUUAGCUGACAUUUAACUUCAAUGGUUGAAUGUUACUAUUUUGGACAUAUUCUAAUGAGACCAUGUUGCCCUCACAGUAAAACAAAGAGGGAAAAUAAUUAUUAAAAAAACUGUACCUAUUUGGCACAUUAGGGCGGUGCCCUCUAAAACCUCACAUUGUACUGAAUUGAACCCUGUUGGCAAUUUUUUUCACGUCGUGGUCAACGGUGUCACUGUCACUCAUCAUGAUCAAUCAUCUGCACCAAAUACCAGAACAAUUCUUCUUCGACUUCACUGUAACAUCGAGGAGAAAGACAGAGAACUGACUAACAUUGCACAGCAAUAUCCAUACGAAUAACACUGCUUUUUCACCUAAAUACAUACAGGUUGUAUGCAUUGCAAUGACGACAUAAACAAUACUGGGUUUUCUUUUUUCAAUUUUUCCUAGAAUUCCUCUGUUUGGAUUUGGUGGGAAUUCAGUGUUAGGGGAGUUGGGAUAGCUCUGGGAAUGACACAAUGCAGGUGUUCAUAUGAAUUGUCCUUCAUGGACACCUUCUCAGUCCUUGAGCUUUAACUGUAGUGUGAUUCUGUGGUUGUUGCCCUUUUGACCUUUGAUUUGCAGGUUGCAACACCUCUGGGACAGUUGACAGGGAAAGUCAAAACAAAACAUCAAAAACAAAAUGGCUCCUUUAAGGGCAUCAGCCUCAAUCAGAACUAACCGGCAAGGUUUAUACUCAGCCCAUAUAGAGCCACCAAACUGCAUCCGCGAUGGCCGAGACGUCGCAGACUUGAGCUUUUGCCUUUUUAUUGGAAAUUAAUUUGGCUGUUGGUUUGUUUACAUUGUUGUUUUUGUUGGAUUUUCAAUGAAAAGGAAAGUGACUCUGUUUCACCAUUAAGGACAGCUUCAAGUGGGGAGACACGUGUUCCAUGAUUGCUUUUCCAGAAUUACGGCAUCAGCGCCAAUUGUUAUUUCAUGCAAACCUGUUUGAUUGUGUUUGUAGUCUAUUGGUGUUCUUUUGCUUCUCCCCAAAAUACUUUACAAUCAUGUUUGUACUUUGCCAAUCAGUAGGCCUUUCACAUUUGGAAUUUGUUCUUUCCCUUUAAUGACCUACUCCCAAACUGAUGUUUAAAGGUUUUUCCUGCAUGAUUUAAUUUUGUUUGUUUGAUAUACAGUACCAGCCAAAUGUUUGGACACACCUACUCAUUCAAGGGUUUUUCUUUAUUUUUACUAUUUCUACAUUGUAGAAUAAUAGUGAAGAUAUCAAAACUAUGAAAUAACACAUAUGGAAUCAUGUAGUAACCAACAAAGUGUUAAACAAAUCAAAAUAUAUUUUAUAUUUGAGAUUGUUCAAAGUAGCCACCCUUUGCCAUGAUGACAGCUUUGCACAGUCUUGGCAUUCUCUCAACCAACUUCAUGAGGUAGCACCUGGUAGCACCUGGAAUGCAUUUCAAUUAACAGGUAUGCCUUGUUAAAAGUCCAUUUUUUAAAUUUCUUUCCUUCUUAAUGCGUUUGAGCCAAUCAAUUGUGUUGUGACAAGGUAAAGGUGGUAGACAGAAGAUAGCCGUACUUGGUAAAAGACCAAAUACAUAUUAUGGGAAGAACAGCUCAAAUAAGCAAAGAGAAAUGACAGGCCAUCAUUGCUUUAAGACAUGAAGGUCAGUCAAUACAGAACAUUUCAAGAAAUUUGAAAGUUUCUUCAAGUGCAGUCGCAAAAACCAUCAAGCGCUAUGAUGAAACUGGCUCUCAUGAGGACCGCCACAGGAUAGGAAGACCCAGAGUUACCUCUGCUGCAGAGGGUAAAUUCAUU